AUGAGUCGAUUGAUGGCUGAGCUAGAGGAGCAGUGCCGACGACAAGACGUCCUCGUCGAGCAGCUGCAUGCACCUAACCCCGUCGUUCAACGGCACCACCAAGGUGUAGAUGCACAAGUUCAUGCACCAGUACGAGGAGUACGCCGCGAAGUCAACAUCACGAACGCACAGCGUCUGGGUGGCGCCCAGAUCCAGCGCGCACCGCUGAGCGCAUGCAUCGACCCGUUAUCGGUCGAGCGCAUCGUGUACUGGGGGAUUGGGAAGGCCAGCCACGAGGUCACGGAGGAGGACUGA